UCUAACCCACCGUUCGAGAUUUUUUCGUUAUGGUAUCAUGUCCUGUUGACAGCGUUUAUUUUUGUCUUCUGAACACAUUCCCAACUCCUCACAUUACUCAAGGUACGGAGAAGCCACAACAGCGCAAAGGUGACAAGUCAAAGGUCACACAGGGUCAUAGGUCACGUGAGAGGUCAGACAUGAUAGGCUGUUGGCUCGAGUGGAGAUGAGCGGAGAAUCGUCACAGCAGGAGACCGGCUUUGUCUACGAUGCGGCCAGACUGCGGAUCGAGAAUGGGUGGAACAAGCCGCACAACAUCUACGGCAAGGACGAUAUGCAGGGGUUCGUGUGCGGGUGGGGGGCGGCCGUCAUCAACACCGUCGUCACGUUUCCCGUCAACAAGCUCAUGUUCCGACAGCAGCUGCACGGGAUGCGGCUCCACAAGGCGUUCAAACAGAUGCAAUCGGAAGGGCUGCGACACCUGUACCGGGGGUUACUCCCACCCUUCCUACAGAAAACAUUCUCCCUGUCACUGAUGUUUGGUCUGUACGAUGUGUACGGGAAGCUUCUAACCCACACGUUUCCCAACACACAGAAACCCAUCGUACAGGCUAUCGCUGGCAUGGGCGCCGGGUUUUCCGAGGCAAUACUGACGCCGUUCGAACGUCUCCAAACGUUGCUACAAGACCACAGAUACCACAGUCACUUCAACAACACGUUUGAUGCCUUCAAGACUGUCCGAACGUACGGAUUCUCCGAGUACUAUCGCGGAGUUUCGGUGAUUUUGCUUCGUAACGGUUUCAGUAACGCCGUCUUCUUUAACUUUAGAGGGGUGAUCAAAGACGCCCUCCCCACCACAGAAGGCCAGAUGGGCAACUUUUUCGAAGACUUUGUCAGCGGAGCCGUGCUAGGCGCGCUCCUCAGCACUCUGUUUUUCCCGAUGAACGUGACGAAGACCGCCAUGCAGGCGAGACUCGGCGGGGAGUUUAUCAACCCCGCUAAGAUGUUUCUGAUCGUGUACGAGACGCGAGGACGGAACUGGAAGAAGAUGUUUCGCGGCGUCCACCUGAGCUACUCGCGCGCGAUGAUAUCGUGGGGGAUCAUCAACGCUUCCUACGAGCUGCUGAGGACGUUGUUGUUUCCACAGAGCAAAAAAGUCUGAAUUUUAACCCUCACACAGCCAACAUAGGCUCCAACUGGUACACCUGUGAUACAUACAUACAGCCCAUAGAAUUAGGAGGGUUAAAAGUUUCCCCAUUCCACUGUUAAUAACAGUGUACAUUGUAUGUCGAUGAAGAUUGGACAUCCAGCAUCAUGUAAUAAGAUAUACCAAAAAGUUACUCAAGCAACUGGAUAUGAUUUUGUACAUUGUAUGUCAGCAUUAUGUAUAGAAACCUUGGUGCUUUCCUUAGUUGUAAAUAACUGCUGGGUGCUGGCUAAAUCUUAUUGCUUGCUUAUAAUACAUGUAGGUAGCAAGCAAAAAGAUUGAGAAAGCUAAUACUACAGAGGAUGGCACCUAGACUAUGCCAAUAGAUGGAUUGUCCCAUCCCAGUACCUGAGAAACUGAUAUUUGGUAGAAAUUUGUUACUACAAUGUUGAUGUAUCCAACUGAUUACCCUGUAGCAGGGCUCUCUCUAGCUGGACAUCUAACUUGUUAUUAUAAUAAUUACCAGUACUGUAUCCAAGGAUGUACUUCCUUGCCAUAUCAAAACUCUUUGCUGAGUGCUAAAGGUGGGAGAAACCUAUAGCCGUAUAGGAAAGAAACCCUAAGCCCAAA